CCACGCAUGUGUGACUGGAGGUGGGUGGAUUGGAUGCCGGGCGAGAGCUGCCGUCCUUGUAUCCGGGACUACCAACCUCUAGUACACACCUCAUUACAAAGUCGGCAUCAUCUUCCGACAAACUCGCCAGCUUCACUCACACCGAAAUUCAUCUUCCUUUGACCUCCCGCCUCCCUGGUUCCCUGAUUGAAAUUCGUUUCUGUUUCUCGUGCCGUACAUCUAUACUGUACAUCGUGCACACGCACACGCACACGCACAGGGCGUCACCGACCUCGGCCCGCCGGGAGGAGAAGCAUCGCGCACGCAACACACGCAAACACACACUCACUCACACACAAUGGCGCUCAAGGGGAGCGACGUGGCGGCACACGACAGCGCAAAGUCAUGCUGGGUCAUCAUCCAUGGCAAAGCAUACGACGUCACUGAGUUCCUACCCGAGCAUCCCGGUGGCCAGAAGAUCAUCCUGAAAUACGCAGGCAAAGAUGCCACAGAAGAAUUCGACCCCAUUCACCCACCCGACACGCUGGACAAGUACCUCGAUCGCUCCAAGCACCUCGGCCCAGUCGACAUGGACACCGUCGCCAAGGAGGCCAAGGAGGAGGACCCGGACGAGGCAGACCGCCUGGAGCGCGUCGACCAGAAGCCCCUGCUCUCCCAGUGCUACAACCUCUUCGACUUCGAGGCCGUCGCGCGGAGGGUCAUGAAACGCACCGCCUGGGGCUAUUAUUCCAGCGCUGCCGAUGACGAGAUUACCAUGCGCGAGAACCACAGUGCCAUCCAUCGGAUCUGGUUCCGCCCUCAGGUCCUCGUCGACGUGGAACACGUCGACUUCUCCACCACGAUGCUCGGGACGAAAUGCUCCGUGCCCUUCUACGUCACCGCAACCGCCCUCGGCAAGCUGGGCAACCCCGAGGGCGAAGUCGUCCUCACCCGCGCCGCCCGCACCCACAACGUCGUCCAGAUGAUACCCACCCUCGCCUCGUGCUCGUUUGACGAGAUCGUCGACGCCAGACGGGGCGACCAGGUCCAGUGGCUGCAGCUCUACGUCAACAAGGACCGCGAAAUCACCCGUAAGAUUGUCCAGCACGCCGAGGCCCGCGGCUGCAGGGGCCUCUUCAUCACCGUCGACGCGCCCCAGCUUGGCCGGCGCGAAAAGGACAUGCGGAGCAAGUUCACCGACCAGGGCAGCAACGUCCAGUCGGGCCAGGACACGGACACGAGCCAGGGCGCCGCCCGCGCCAUCUCGAGCUUCAUCGACCCCUCGCUGUCGUGGAAGGACAUGGCCUGGUUCCGCAGCAUCACGGGCAUGCCCAUCAUCCUCAAGGGCGUGCAGCGCGUCGAGGACGUGCUCCGCGCCGUCGACGCCGGCGUCCAGGGCGUCGUCCUGUCCAACCACGGCGGCCGCCAGCUCGACUUUGCCCGCUCCGGCAUCGAGGUCCUCGCCGAGACCAUGCCCGUCCUGCGCGAGCGCGGCGUCGACCCGGAGCGCUUCCAGGUCUUCGUCGACGGCGGCUUCCGCCGCGCCAGCGACAUCCUCAAGGCCCUGUGCCUCGGCGCCGCCGGCGUCGGCAUCGGCAGGCCCUUCCUCUACGCCAUGAGCGCCUACGGCCAGGACGGCGUCGAGCGCGCCAUGCAGCUGCUCAAGGACGAGAUGGAGAUGAACAUGCGCCUCAUCGGCUGCGCCACCGUCAAGGACCUGCACCCAGGCCUGCUCGACACCCGCGGCCUCUUCAUCCACUCCAACUCGACGCCCCCCGACGCCCUCUCCGCCACCGUCUACGACCCCCUCGUCGUGCCGCCGCAAAGGCCCAAGGCCGCCGCCGACCCUCCCGCAAAGGCCAAGCUGUGAAAUAUCUGAGUGGGUUGCCGUCGGCCGGGAAAUGAGGAGGCAGCCAGGCGUAUGUAUGGGGGGCGGGAAUCGUGGUCUUUUGGAUCCAACCCAAAACAUUGUGCACAUAUAGAGAUGCCUUUGCUUAACGAGUAGACACUUUCUUGUAUUUACACGGCACAUGUAUACACGAGCGCUGCUUUGUUUCCCAC